ACUGAUGUCUGAUAUCAAGGAUAUGGAAUAAAUGCUCAAACAGCUUUCCAUAGCCUCUUUACUUGUCUCCUAUGGAGAGAGUGAGACUUCAAAUGAAGAUCACUCACCAUUGUUUUUGUUUUUUUGUUUUUUUACUGGCAUCAUUCAAAAAGCCCUGUUGAUAUGAUUGUGUUUUGCAAGUUGGAAGUCACUAUUGUGUCAUAUUAAAAAUCAUAAUAAAAAGUUGUAUGUGCAUUCUUACAGAUCUUCAAGAACAUAGAGCAGCCUUGGCUAUACGUUUAUUCUAACGUGAGAAAUAAAAACACAGUGAAAACUACCACUAUAGCGUACACGUUUAAAGGGUUAACCUCGUGGACGUAUUGCUGAACAAAACGUGAUAACAGUGACAUCCAGCCUCUUACUUGUCUCCUAGACGGAGAGAGUGAGACUUCACAGAUCUUUUUGGUUUCUGACUCUCUGCUCGGAUGCGCGCCGACCUUGGAGUCUCCAGACGCGCAGCGGAGGAUUUUGCGCACUGAGUGAGAUCAAGUCGAGCUGAAAGAGGAGCGCACAUCGAGCGGACUGCUUGUCUGACUUGACUGCAUCGUCAUUUCAUUAGGCUAAUACCUGCUGCAGGGGGAAAUAUAGUGUCCAGUUUAUUUCGGUUUCGGCUCGAUUCGCAACUUAGAGGAGUGUUUCUACUGCAUGUAGUCGUUUGUUUGUAGAGAAACACCAAAGUGUCCCACUUGCUCAGGGAAAAUCCACUCAACAUCCUGAGACACGGAGGCGUUUAAGAGGAUUUUAGGACUCUUUUUCCUGGAUUGAACAAGGAUGAUUGCAACUAAGUGAGGUAUUGCAUUUGAAAAAAAAAAAAAAAAGGUGAUCACAGCAAUGCUUCAGCAGCAUGUGCGUCUGUUCCUCUCCAAAUCUUCCAGAGAGGAUUUAAAGCGCCGCUCAUUUUGAAUAAAAAACCGAGAAGUCAAAGAAGAUGAGAGCUCUGCAAACAUUCCUGUUUCUUUUCCUCCUGCACCAGGUCACAUGCAGGAAAGUGCACGGAGGAGCCACAGAGCUCAUCGAGUGGGCAGAGAGUGAUAACGAACAGAGGAUUUCUCCCACGGGGGCCAGUCCGCGGAUCCUCAACCCCCUGCGUUUGUUUGCCAGGGGCUCCCCCGGGUUCAAGAGCAACAUGAGGGAAAUUACAUAUUUACAGAACAUGGAGGACUUCUGGGACUGGUUAUCUAACCAGACAGAUGCUCAGGGUGCACAGGCCAGAACUAAACGCAGGCCCAUCGUCAAGACUGGCAAGUUCAAAAAGAUGUUCGGGUGGGGGGACUUCCACUCCAACAUCAAGACUGUUAAGCUCAACCUGCUGAUCACGGGGAAGAUCGUGGACCACGGGAACGGCACUUUUAGCGUUUACUUCCGCCACAACUCCACGGGCCUGGGCAACGUGUCGGUCAGCCUGGUGCCGCCCUCCAAGGUGGUGGAGUUUGAGAUCGCCCAGCAGUCCACGCUGGAGACCAAAGACACCAAAUCGUUCAACUGUCGCAUCGAGUACGAGAAGACGGACCGCAACAAGAAGACUGCCCUGUGCAGCUUCGACCCGUCCAAGGUGUGCUAUCAGGAGCAGACGCAGAGCCACGUGUCCUGGCUGUGCUCGAAGCCCUUCAAAGUCAUAUGCAUCUAUAUAGCCUUUUACAGUGUAGACUACAAACUGGUGCAGAAGGUAUGCCCUGACUACAACUACCAUAGUGACACACCCUACUCCUCCACAGGAUGAUCUAGCUGUUAGUGCGCAUCAACCUUUUGUCUGUAAAUGUCAACCUCUAAGCUCCUUGUCCCUAAAUACCUGAGACAUGUUGCAGGAAAUGCAGUUUAUAAUGGGACACACUCUGGAGGGAUUUGAUGCAUUGUUAAAAAAAACUUUUGUAUAUGCAGAUUUUGAGAUAGUUAGGUGUUCAGGGACUUGGUUUUAGGGGUUGACUUGGGAUUCAGAGCUAGCUACCAACCCUGGGUAACUCCUCCCCAUCACAACAGCACAUGUUCUCCUUAAAACCAAUUAGCAUGAUGUCCAGAUGUUUUCUUCAAGGCUAGACCAUAGGCAAAGGAGCCUCCCAGUUGGAGGCGCAUCGCUGGCUUCUGUGCCAGUGCUGCAUUGACGCCAAACAAUUUCCUCACCUCAUUUAAAUACAGUUACGGGAUGAAAUAUGACAAGACUUUGAAUCAUGUUAAUAAGUACAAUACCAAGACGUUUGAAUUGUUAUUCGACAGGGCAUAAAAUUAGAUAUUUCACAUUUGAAACGUCGCUACAUAUUGACUGAUUACUCCAAAUGAUCUGUUCAUUGCCUUGGAAGUGAAGCUAAUAUCCAUUUGUACCUGUUAACACAGACAGGACAGUGUCUAAUAUUUCAGAUUAGCUUGAUCAAUGGCUCUCAAGUAGCUCUGAAUAAUUAAUAGGGGGCUCACAAUCUAUAUUAUUAUCUUCCUCUUAUAGGGAUUGGAAUAGUGAAUUGAUUAUGUGCCCAUGACAAAAUAAAAAUGAUCAUCCAAUCAUAAAUCAUUAUUACACAUAUAUGUAGGUACCCAUCCCUGUAUAACCUGGCUGCUGCCUCGUAUGCUCCUUAAAAUGUGUUCUGCUGCACUCAUCAUAAGGCAUGUGUAUGCUAAACUAGCCUGAAAUCCAACAUCUGUGUUUGCAGGAUGCACUUUGAGGCAUCAGCCUGCCGAGCGGGCCCCGCGGUGGAUUAAUGUGUCAGGAGAGGAGGGAGGGGGGGUGGAAGCGAUAAUUGCAGGACAGGUGGAUUUAGUGAGUCUGGCAGACAAUUAUCAGCACUUUGUCAUGGUCCUGCCACCAGCCCUGACAUUACCUGUCUUUAAUAGGCUUUAAUUAGCCUGGGAAAUUUCAUUUACCUAACACCAAGAGUGGAGAAACCAAAAGCAAAAAAAAAAAAAAAAAAAAAAAAAUCCGUCUGGAAUUUUAAUGAGAAGUGGGAGCUACAUUUGAAAAUGUCAUACAUUUCCCAACUGUACAGCAGAUUUAAGUUGACUGACUUUUGUGUAAAAGUGGAUAACAUCCAGUCUUGUAGUAAACGGUGAAAUGUGCUUUGACUUAGCAAUCACUUUAAAAAAUGUUCUGUUGAAAACCAUCAACACAAGAAAUGUUAUAAAUUGUGUUGAUUGCGCCGGGUUUUUAGACUAGGGCAUGUGCCACCGACUAACCACAUGGCAAUUAUUUCCUUCUUGAUUUGCUGUAUCUCAUGUCUUUCCCCAUCAGCUGUAAAUGAUCCUGUCACACGUGAGGAGAGGUGUAUGAUAAGGAAGUUACUAAAUCCGAGUUGGUCUAUGUUGAUGUUUUAGUUCUACUCCUUCGUGCAAAAUGCUGUGUAUUAACGUGUAACUCUAAAACUAAACGUGUUUACUCCAAAGUAAACAAUGUCAAUAAUUUUUUCCAGAGAAAUAUAUCAAUAAGUAUACUGUUCCUUACUUUUGGUGUUUGUUCGGCGAUAUCAUGUAGAUAGAUGUCAUAUUUAUUGCUUAUAGUUAUAGAUUGCUUUGAUUUCCAAUUUUUGUAAUCCUUGCAGGUUGUACCUAUUUUGAUUUCCUGCUUGCUUAAUCUUGUUUCAACAGUUUCCCCUGUAACAUAGGAACAAAAAAGAGCAUUGCUGUCUGUAUAGUGUAAGUACAAAUGUUCAUUUUUGGAAUAUUUUGAUUUUAUCCGGGGUUCAUUUUUGUUCAACUGAAAUUGUAAAGAUCAAUUUAGGUUUUUAUGGCAUUAAACCUUAUUUGAACUUGG